UGAUUUGCUCACCCGCGCUCAAAUAGCUUGUACAGUUCUAUCUCCACCGACUCCCAUGCCUGCAACCGCGCUGACGUGUUUGAAAAUUGAAGUAGCCUAGUUUUGAUAACGUCAUGGAGAUAAUUUUCUAAGAACACCUGUAGAGAGAUUGUGCUCUGAGGAACAAUUCUGAGGAGGACAAUAUCUAUAUACAUUCAACGUUUUAUUUUGAAAAAAUAACCGAAUGAUUUUCUAUACCCUCAUGGAUGACGAGAACAUUCGUGAAAACUCUCACCAACACGGAUGGUAGUGUUCUCUAAAUUGGAUAUAUGUUUCUGGACUUUUAUAAUACCAAGACUGUGCGCUCUUCUUCUUCGAGUAUCUUCUUACAUGCGCUAGAGAAGCUGAAAGGAAGGGGUGGAAGGACAGCACAAUGAGGGGCAAAUACUUUAUACUGGGUUACUUGUUGGUCAAAGUUAUGGCGCUGGUCUGCAAGGCGGACGGAGAACCAGGACAACUGGAGGGCUUUGUCAUGAUGACGACGUGCAACGGAUCCAGGGAGGACGAGGGUGCAAGCUUCUCGGAGCCCCCGCACACGGAGGACAGGUGCCGGGGGUAUUACGAUGUGAUGGGCCAGUGGGACCCGCCGUUCGUUUGUAAAACGGGCGAUUAUCUGUACUGCUGCGGCACCUGUGGCUUUCGGUUCUGCUGCUCCUACAAGACCUCGCAGUUGGAUCAGAGCACCUGUAAAAACUACGACACUCCGGUGUGGAUGAUGACAGGUCAAACCCCGUUUAAGAAAAACGACAUUCGGCACGACCCCACCAAAGAUAAAACUAAUUUAAUCGUGUAUAUCAUCUGUGGAGUAGUGGCUAUCAUGGCACUUGUUGGGAUAUUCACCAAACUCGGCCUGGAAAAGGCGCACCGACCCCAGAGCGAGAAUAUGACUAGGGCUGUCCAGAGUGUGUUACCGGUCGGUUGUCCAGGUGAGCAGUUCCACGGGGAGGACACCCUCGCCAUGCACGCACAGAACUAUGACACAAGGGUCAACAACCUCCACAGGCAUCCAGGAAGCGGCCACAGACAGGCAUCCAGGAAGCGGCCACAGACAGGCAUCCAGGAAGCGGCCACGGACAGGCAUCCAGGAAGCGGCCACGGACAGGCAUCCAGGAAGCGGCCACGGACAGGCAUCCAGGAAGCGGCCACGGACAGGCAUCCAGGAAGCGGCCACAGACAGGCAUUCGGGAAGCAGCAACAAACAGGCAUCCAGGAACCAGCCACAGAGAGGCACAAAGCAAAUGAAAAGAAAGAACAUUGUAAUUUUCCAAUCAAGGUGCAGGAACAGGAGCAAGCUAAGGAUAAAACAAAUAUUCAGCGACUCUAGGGAGGACAAUAAGAGUUCACAUCAAAAUAAUUAUUUAUAAUAGGCAAAAAACAUAAUCAAUAAAAAAUAUAAUUAUAACAUGAAAUUCCAUUGUCCUCCUAAGAGUUUCAAAAUGUUUUUUAAUCCAUUGGCCUCCUAAGAGUUUCAUAAUGUUUUUGAAUCUACAGCCCGACCCAGGCCCAGACGCGCUCCUCCCGGGCCUCGUUCCUGUGCCCUUGCUUAGGCUAAUUACCCUAAUGUGGGUCCUCUCAGCAGCACCGGAGAUCGAUUAGGCCUUGUUCAUUAGGGCUGUGGGCCUCCCAGCCUCAUCAGAUGGAUCUGAUUGACUAGACACAGUAAUCAGCUCAUUCAGACACACGGGGAGGUUGGGACUCACUGCUCCUUGGAAGAAAUAGAAGUCAAGUAGAAAACCGAGAAAACAGAAGUGACAAAGUUGAGUAAGGGAAGUAGAAUAGCCAAACUGUUGAAAUGCUUUCAGAGAUCUAUCUAAGGAUGUUUAUCAUGAAGGUCCCAUGUAUGUCCUGAUUGUCCUCCAUCUGACUGAUUACUGGACUUGGCCUUAAUGUAUGGCUCGGUUCAUAUGUAUAAUUGUCCAUCUUGUUGUCAUGGUGUAAUAAUAAAAUAAGCUGUAA